GCUGCUGGGGUCUCUGCUUGGCUGCGGUGGGAAGUGAGGAUUGCAGCCCAGCUCCAUCCAGCAUGGGGAGCCCAGGGUGCACAUGGGGAGCAGCGUGACACAUCAAUCCCUUGGUUGCUAGCUGGGGAGGCAUGGAAAUGGUCGGCAUGACUUUCUCCAGCAGCACGGAGCUCUCAGACAGCCCAGCACGAGAGGGAGAGCAGAAAGGGGGAGCAGCUCCCCACACUGCUGGCCCAGCAGUUAGCAUUCGUGGAAACCCACAAAUGAAAGACAGCAGAAGCACAGAGGGCCACCCCUGCUGUUUAUCACUUGGCUUGGCUCCCUGUGACACCGCACGUGCAGAGGAUGCUUCCGGCAGUGUUCACACACGGCUCAGGGCAGCCCUGCACGCAGCGUGCCCGGCUCCUUUCAGCAUUUCGACUUGGACUGGAUAGUAACUUCGGAGUCUGAGAUCAGGGCUCUGAUCCCACCCACCGGUGCUGUGACUCACGGCGCAGUCAGCGAGCUGCCUGGAUAUUGGUGGGCAAGGAGCAGGGAGGGAGCUGGCGGCCGCCGCUCGCACACGAGCUGCUCCGGCACACGGUGAUCGGCGCUCCCACCUGCUGCAGGGCUGCAGAACGCCGGCACCGCUCCCAGGCUGUCCUCAGGUAAAGAAGCUCUGUCCCUAACAAGUACUGCUGACCAUCAUCUCUGACCCAAGCACACAGAGCAAGGCAGGCAUGAGACCCCGUGGGACCUGCCCCCGUAGCAUCUGACCCUGCUGGGCUUUGCAGGAGAGAAGGGAGCAGCUGACACCCACCAGCAGCACCACGGGAAUCAGCUCCAGCCCCAGAUGGACCAGGUCACACAAGAAAGUUGCAGGGGCACAUCAUUCCUAGGUCACGUCACGCUCAGCGGACUGUAUGUGUGAAGGGGACUCUACUGUGAUCUCCAGGACCAUCAUAGGCCCAUAUCUGGUUUGGAAGGAACUCCAGGGCUGCCUGGUAGAGGCUCACUCCAAGCAUCUAUAGAACCACUGACAGCAGAAUCGUUCCACCCAUGCAACUGCACUAUGGAUCCAUGUGGCAACCUCACAAACCCUUCAAACAUGGACUUCCCUCUGCAGCUGCUGGUCGGGUCCUGCCUGGCCCUGCUCAUCGCAUUCACUCUCUGUGGUAACAUCGUUGUGUGCCUGGCCGUCACUCUGGACCGCCGGCUCCGCAGCCUGACCAACUGCAUCAUCGUCUCGUUGGCCAUCACUGACCUGCUGCUGGCCCUGCUGGUGCUGCCCUUCUCCGCCUUCUAUGAGCUCAGCAGCGAGUGGCCGUUCGGCAGCACGUUGUGCAACAUCUACCUCAGCCUGGAUGUCAUGCUGUGCACGGCCUCCAUCCUCAACCUCUUCAUUAUCAGCCUGGACCGCUACUUCGCCGUCACCGCCCCGCUGCGCUACCAGCAGCUGGUCACCCCAUCCCGCGUGGCUGUGGGCUUGGUUGUUAUUUGGACAGUUUCACUGAUGGUCUCCUUCCUCCCCAUCCACCUGGGGUGGAAUACCAAUGGGACAGCGGUCCAGAACACUACACCCAACUGCACCAGGGAGUGCAAGCUAGAGGUGAACUCUGUGUACGGACUGGUGGACUCUUUGCUCACCUUCUAUAUCCCUCUGGUCAUCAUGUGCAUCACCUACUACCGGAUAUUCAAGAUAGCGAGGGAGCAAGCCAAGAGGAUAAACCACACGUGGUGCAGCAGCAACAGCCCCAUGCCACCCAUGGUGAAGGAGCACAAAGCCACUGUGACGCUGGCAGUGGUGAUGGGAGCCUUCAUCAUUUGCUGGUUCCCCUAUUUCACAGUGUUCACGUACCGAGGGGUGCGGGGGGACAGCAGUGUGAAAGGCACACCCAUGUCCAUCGUCCUCUGGCUGGGCUAUGCCAACUCAGCACUGAACCCCAUCCUCUACGGGACAUUCAAUAGAGAUUUUCGGGUGGCAUACCAGCACUUGUUGCACUGCUGGAGGACAGGGGACCCCAAGAGCUCCCUACAGAAGGGUCAGCCCCGAGGCAGGAGCUGCGGGGAGAGCCUGGAUGGGCAGGAGGGGAAAUGCCUGAAACUGGAGAUGAGGAAUGGGAAAGGCAUCUUGCUGGCAGAUGGAGCCCUGCAGAGGGACGGAGCUUUCCCGUGAGCCUCAGCCACCCCAUCUCCUGGCCUCUGCUCCCAGCUGCCCUCUUCCAGCACUCUGCAAGGCUGGAAGGACACAGCUGGACUUCCCUUGGGGAGAAACCUGAGAGCAGUGGCAAGAGCUGCAGGGAUCCUUGUGCUGCUACGUGGCACUUGCUGCCUCCCCAGAUGGUGCUGGAAAAGGCCUCUGCCUGCCCACGUUUCUUACUAGGAGCACAGAAGAACCUGCACCAUCAGGGGCCAUGACAUCUCCAGCACGGAGCCCUACAUUAGUGGGUUGAGAGCCAGGGCAUACCCCAGCAGGUCUGGGGUUCAGGCACAGCAGGGAAAAGGAGAUGCAGCCGCAGCCUCGGUGCCAGACAGCCCAACCAGGACCGGCGCUACGCCCCGCGGUGCUCCGUCAAAGGGAAACAUCCACCUCCCGAGGGGGCCCGGCAGAGGGGUGAUGUGACAGGAGAGCUAUCGACGGCCACGAUCACAACACGUGCAACCCCGCAGCAUCCUCACGGGGCAAAGAGGAGCCUCACCUCGGGGAUACCGGGGCGUCCCCUGCUCUUUGUGGGCUUCGCAACCUCAGCCCCACGGCAAGGAGAGAGGACCCGGAGCCGCGGGAGCCGCCGAGCCGUGUGGCUGCACCCAGGCUCUUUCCCCAGCAGCAGCUCAACGCCAAGUCUGCAGAAACAGGAUGUCUGCGAGCGAGCCUGGGCAGAACUCAGCCGUACAAAAUCCCGUUUAACACAGAGGCAGAACAGCACGAUUGAUUUCUCCAAGCACACUCUACCUCGAGAAGAGCUCCCCCCAGCCCCCAGCCCUUCCUCUCCACCGCACUCACACACCGCACAG